AUGGAGGCGGGGGACUUCUACGUCGGAGGAUAUUACGGUGGUGCAGCAGGCGGUGAUUUCUCGCAGGAGAAGAGGAUGUCCGUGGAGCAAAAGCUCGCGGAGAAUUUCACUGUGGAUGACCUCCUUGACUUCUCCAAUGAAGACGCUAUUAUCAGCGAUGGCUUCGUCGACAACGUCAACGGCAAUUCUAACGAUUCCUCCACCGUCACCUGCAAUUCCUCCGUUUCUGGAGGCGAUAACCACUUCUCUUCAACCAAUAUGCCUCAUCCCUCUCAGUUCUCCGGCGAACUCUGCGUUCCGUAUGAUGACUUGGCGGAGCUUGAAUGGCUCUCAAAUUUCGUUGAAGACUCGUUCUCAACAUACCAGAAUUUACAAAGCAACCUCCAGAUUUUCGCCACGUCAAAAUCACCCAUACCCGAAUCCUCCUCUUCUUCGACCCGGAGCCCUAGCAACCCAAUUUUCCAACACGACACUCCACUCCCGGGGAAGGCCCGCUCCAAACGUUCACGGGCCGCCCCGUGCGAUUGGUCCACCCGAGUCCUGCACCUCACACCGCAAUCCACGGGCCAAAAGAAAAGGGAGAACCCGAACGCCAAUUCGGAGGCUCCAGGCAGGAAAUGUUUACAUUGUGCGGCGGAGAAGACUCCGCAAUGGAGGACCGGUCCGGUGGGUCCGAAAACGCUUUGUAAUGCGUGUGGGGUGAGGUACAAGUCGGGUCGGUUGGUACCCGAAUACCGACCCGCUGCGAGUCCGACAUUUGUGUCGACGAAACAUUCGAAUUCGCAUAGGAAAGUUUUGGAACUUAGGAGGCAAAAGGAUUUGCAAAGAGCACAGCAUCAACAGUUUCUUAGUCAAACUUCGAUUUUCGGCAUAUCCAACGGUGCUGGUACUGAUGAUUUCUUAAUCCAUCAUCAUGGUGCUCCCGAUUUUAGGCACAUGCUUUAG